UAGUGUAUAUAAAACGGUUGCAAGUAGGCUACGUUACCCAUUGACUGCCUGCACCAUACAGGAAACAAUGAAACCGCUAGUCACUCUCGCCCUUGCGUGCGCACUCUUCUCUGGAGCAUUUUGCGGAUCACUCAAUGAAAAGAUGUGUUUCACCUGUGUGGGUAAUGACUGCACACGUAUUCAAGAGUGCGAGGGAUCUGAAGAUCGCUGCUUAAAGUCCACAGUAUUCUUCACUGCAUUUUACAAAGUGACAAUGAAGGGAUGUGCCUCCGAAACUGAGUGCUCAGGAGCCAUGAAUUCUGGAACAGCAAUCAUUGGUAGGGAGAUGAGCUGCUGUGAGGGAAACCUGUGCAACAACGCCCUGCGCAUCGGACAGAGUGUCCUCUUCCUCCUCCUGGUCCCCCUGGCCUCCGUCAUCCUCUUCAACUGAGCAGCAUGUUGACCUGUUAUAUGAUUGUUUGGUUGUAUUGUAUCAAUCCAGACACAUGAUUACACCUUUUAGUGAAUACAUUAUAUAACAUUUCUUCUCAUCAAUAAAACAAAAUAAAAAAUAUUAGUGCAAAA